AUGGUGACAUGGAAUCCUCCCUUCAAUGAGACGGUAUUCCGUGAGCUCAGUGACAGCAGCUGUUUCUCCUCAGAUCGAGUAGAACAGGCGGCAGUAGCAGACACCACGCCAGCCAUGCAUAACGGAGCACUACCUCUGGCCCAGAUUCCUUUGUCAUUCGAACCACUCUUUCCAGCAUCAUAUCGCAAGAAGAAUGCCACAAGGAAACCUUUUAUUGUCUCAGCCAGCUGUGCAAGUGCCAAGACCGACUUGAGCGUUGAAAAGCUGAAUGAAAUUUAUGGCUGGCUCUGGCUUGCUGGACGGCCGAUGCCUCCUCGGCCUCUAAACUACCAGCAAGCUUCAUCCCGCGAGAUUAUUCUCAACGAGAAUGUGGACAUGCACCUUGUCUGGGACGUCUCUCGGCGAAUAUUCCUAAAACCAUUGCCACGUUAUCUUUUAAGUCACAAAUUUUGGCAAAACAACCUUGCGACCGACCAUGAGUUCUAUAAGAGCGCGUUCGGCUUUAUGCUGUCCUAUGCUGCCUUGAUUCAGUACGAAAGCGACUUCUUUAUUGCUAAGGAAAAGCAUUUAAUACCAGAGAACCUGACAUGGGAAUCAUGGAUUAACUUGGUGGAUCAAUUACUCAACAGUGAAGUUGACAACAGAGUCAACAGUCGCUAUAGAUAUGGAGAGCUUAGGCUGUCUCGCCUGAACAAAAUACUUUGGAUGCACGGUUACUUCAGAGGAUAUAGUUUCCGUUACCAAACAUAUGGGGAAUUGCUCACCGCGAAUCUAGCACCAAUUGCAGCGGCGACUGUGUAUAUUGCCUUGGUGUUGACGGCCAUGCAGGUUGGGUUGGCCACUCCUCAACUGGCGGACAACGACACAUUUCAAAGAGUGUCCUAUGGAUUUGCGGUAUUUUCAAUUCUUGCUCCAGCAGGAGUUACCUUAUUUAUUGUGCUGAUACUUAUACUCUUCUUUUUUUAUAAUUCGGCAGCUACAAUAAUUUUUAGGCGAAAGGCUAGGGGGUAG